AUGACUUCCGAGGUUGCUUUGAAGGAGAAGAAAUUGCAGUUGCAGGCAAAGUCAGAUGACGCAGAGAUGCCACCAUCAAUUCUAGCGAAAAAUACCACCCCACAAACUUCUUCAUCGACUAAUCAUCCCGGGAAAUCAUCGGCAAAUGCUUCGGCUCAGCUGUUGCCAUUGUCAACAUUUUCGAAUGAGGGUGCACCACUGGUUGAUGCGAAUAGGAAAGAUGUGGUGAUGGCGGGAGGUGCUUAUUUGAAAGAUAGAUUAAAUUCAGAUUCGUUAAUUCAAAAAUUAAACAGCUUGGAAAAACCCCCGUCAUCCUUGUUGGCAACAGCUACAACAAAGAAUAACUCAACUUCUAGUAUAGACUAUACUGUUAAUCCUCCUGCAGAACCACAACAUCACAAAUCACCUUCUGUUCAUGCUCACUUCUUUGUAGAUGAAACUUUGAGGCCAAACAAGCUAGGAAACAGAUCGAGAAGUGGAUCUGGGUCAAGCUCCGGUAUUAAUGCACAUUCUUUGGUGUUUUCUAGAGAUGGAAGUAAAAGCCAAGAAAGCAUAAAAGAAGGAGUAAAUGGCAUUCCUUCAUCAACGACGACUGCUACCGCUGGAACAGCUUCACAUUUAUUAGCGCCUCCGGCAUCUGCAACUGCCGUAGAUCCAACUUCUACAAAUAAACAACCAAGUAAUGCCAAUCAAAAUGCAGAACAGAAUGCAAACAUUGAUCCUCGAUUACCCCAGGACGAUGGGAAGAUUCACGUCUUAUUAGGCGUUUGUGGCGCUUUAUCUACCGGAAAGAUCAAGUUAAUCAUUAGCAAACUAUUCGAAAUUUAUACACAGGACAAAAUUACAAUUCAAUUAAUAAUGACGAAAUCGAGUGAGAAUUUUCUUUUCCAAGAAAGUUUAAACGUUUUGGAAAAUAAGGGAGUUAGGAUAUGGAGAGACUCUGAUGAAUGGACAACAUGGAAAGCUAGGCUGGAUCCUGUUUUGCAUAUUGAACUACGCCGCUGGGCAGAUAUCCUAGUGAUUUGUCCACUUACUGCCAAUACUUUGUCGAAAAUCUCUACUGGGUUGUGCGACAAUUUGUUGACAAAUGUUAUACGUGCCUGGAACACUUCGUAUCCUAUUCUACUAGCCCCUGCCAUGGGAAGCUAUUCCUAUAAUGCAAUUACCACAAAAAGACAAUUGAGAUUAAUUGCAGAAGAAAUGCCCUGGAUAGAAGUUUUAAAGCCGCUGGAAAAGGUGUUUGGAAGCUAUGGUGAUAUAGGAAUGGGGGGAAUGAUGGAUUGGAAUGAGGUUGUUAAUCGAAUUGUUAUGAAAUUGGGUGGAUACCCCGAGGAGGAAGACGAUGAUGAUGAUGAUGAAGAAGAAGAAGAAGACGAUGAAAGAUGCAUUGAUGAUGAAAAGACGGGCUUGAAAAAGGAUAAGAAUUCUGCUAUUGUAGAUGAUGAUGAUGAUGAGGAUGAGGAUGAGGAUGAUGAUGAGGAUGAUGAGGAUGAUGAGGAUGAGGAUGAGGAUGAGGAUGAGGAUGAGGAUGAGGAUGAGGAUGAGGAUGAUGAUGGCGAUGACGACGAUAAUGAUGGCUAUAUAGACAACAAGAGUGGUGAAAUUAACAAAGACAACUACCAUGGAGCGAAGGAAACACUCCGAAUAAAAGUCGAAAAGGGAAUAAAAGAUCUCGACUUGUAA